AUGUUUAUAUUAUUUGCUAGUCUUUUAUUUCUAUUAAUUCAUCAAGGACAAGGUAGUAUACAAGCUACAGCUAAUCUUCAAUUACAUGGCACAUCAACACCAAUUGGAACAUUGAAUUUUAUUCAAAACGAUGCUAAUUCGCCCGUAAUAAUUACUGGUACACUCAAUUUAUUAAAUGCUAGCAGCAGUCAUGGUUUUCAUGUUCAUACCAAUCCUGUAGCAGAAAAUUCACCGAAUUGUACAGCAGCUGCUGGUCAUUUUAAUCCUUACAAUACGAGUCAUGGUCCUCGUGAGGCUGGCAUAUGGGAACGACAUGUUGGUGAUCUUGGAAAUAUAACAACAAAUGCAAAUGGUACAGCUAAUAUUAAUAUUAGUGAUAGUAUUAUUCAAUUUUAUAAUUCUACACAAUCAAUUGCUGAUCGAACUAUUGUUGUACAUCUUUUGUUUGAUGAUGGUGGUCACGGUAUGAAUGACAGUCUUAUAACUGGAAAUGCUGGUCCACGAGUUGCUUGUGGUAUUAUUAAAGUAAAAACAUCAAAUGGAAUAAAUAUUAAACCGAUGAGAUCUAUUUUAUUUCUUACAAUACCAAUUAUUAUGAUGAUAUUUUUCGAGUGA